GGUGAAUUUUACUUUAUUCUUGGAGAUUUGAAUGGCUCUGUCUCUAAGAUCAGUUGGAAUCACUCUCGAGUCUUAUUUCUGCCAAAGCAAAAGGAAGAGUGGGCUGUGGGGAUAUGUAAUAAAGAAAGAAAGGAGGAGAAAAAGAAAAGGGAAGCCCAUUGCCAACGCAUCUUUCAGUAACAGAACUGAAGCAAAAGGCUCAUCAGUCUCUUCUCUUCUCUUCUCUUCUCUUCUCUUCUCCCUCUCUCUCUCUCUCUCUCUCUCUCUUACCCAAAUGAAAGAGAAAACCCCUCCUCUCUCUCUUUCUCCAGCUUCCAAAUACUUGCAGCAUUUUCUUCACUUGUUCAUGCAAGAUCCAAAGAAGUCACAAACAAGGAAACCUUGGUAUCAAAGAGCAAUGGCGACGGCCACUCUGUGGAAAACCUUGUCCAAAUCCCCUGAAGUUCCCGCGACAACUCCAACCAUAUGGAAAAACAUUUCCCGGUCGACAGAGGUUCCCUCUUCGAACUCCACCAAACACAAGCUGAGAAAAUGCACCUCGCUGAGGGUCGCGACGUCCUUCACGCGCGUUUGCUUAUGCGCGCCGAUCUCUUCCUACACCGAGGUUUUCCAGUCUGAGGAUCCACCCAGAAGGAGCAACAGCUACCCACGGUCAAAGGCGUUCCCCACCCAACAACAAGAGAGAGUUCCAAAAAGAGUUUCGAGCGCGAGGAUUAGCGUGGAAGGGAGGAAAAUCUUCCGGGGGAAAUCGUUGACCGACGACGUUUUGAUGAGGAGGUUUGUCGUGGAGGAAGAGGCUAUGAUGCAAACGAGGAGGAGGAAUCAAAUGGAGAUCAUUAGGAAAAGGGCUGCAAUGAGGAGGAGAAGGCUUGGGCCAAGCCCACUUAGUAGAAUGGUUUUGGCAGAGGAGGAAUGAAUGAGUUUUUUUUUUUUUUUUUGACUGAGGAAAGUUUUCAUUGAUUUUCCCAGUUUUUCUUUCACCUCCUCUUGUAAUUUGGCUUGUUCUUUGUUGGGUUUCUAUUGCGGUUUUCUUUUCUCUGAUUUUCCAUGGAUUCAAGUGCACCAAAUAUGUGAGAAGUUAAUAGUUUUAGCUUGGGCUUAGCAGAGAACGUUUGUGGAAUUUGAAUUUUCAAGAAUUUGUGGGAAAUUGGGAAAUUCAAAAC